CCUGUCGCUUUAAGGCUGUAGGCAGUGCAGGGACUGAUGACAACGUCAGAGAGGUAGGGGCAGCAGACAGCGGCUUAGGGGGAAGGGGAGAGGAUUCAGCCUGGCAGUGUCCGCUCGGCGCAACCAUUCAGCACCUAGGGAGGACCACCUUUAGCCAAGGCAUGGCUUUCCCUGUUGAUAUCCUGGAUAAUUGCAGCCUUAACGAACUGGAGAACUCAGCAGAGGACUAUCUGGCUGACCUGCGCUGUGCUGAUCCUGACAAUUCAGAGUAUUUCACCCUAGCAGAUCGCAGAGAGGUUCAAAUCAGCUUGUCUACAGUAGGUUUUGUGCCUCUCUUUGGAGGAGAUCAGUCACACAAAGUCCUUGCUCUCUUUGCACCCCAGGAUACACUAACAGCUGUGGCUUUCUACCUUGCUGAUCAGUGGUGGGCUGUUGAAGACAUUGUAAGGACAUCCAAUCCUUCCCGGGAAGGCCUUCAACAGGUCAGGACUCUGGGAGAACGAGUGGUUCUUUAUGUCCUAAAUCGCAUUAUAUAUCGAAAGCAAGAGAUGGGGAGAGAUGAAGUUCCAUUUUUGUGCCACAGCAGUUCAGAUUAUGCAAAGAUCUUCUGGAAGAGCGGGGAGGCUGUGGGAUUUUAUUCUGUCAAACCCCCUGGAAGUAUGUGUCCCGCUUACCUAACGCAAAGUUAUCAGCUGCCUGUGCUGGAUACCCUGUAUGUCAGGAAGAAAUAUCAGGAUAAGGAAUUAGCUCUACAGAUACUGGAAGACUUUGUAGAUUCCUUCACUGAAGAGAACCUUGGCCUGAGAUAUCCUAUGUCCACAUUGAUGUAUACAGCCUGCCAGCAGUAUCUAGAAAAGUACCCCGGAGACCGGGAACUCUUGUGGGAGGUGGAAGGAGUUGGUCACUGGUUCCAGAGGACUCUCAUUUCAAGUGCAUUUCAGAAGAAAACACAGAGACUGUCAGAGGCAUCAAAAAGCGAUUCAGCUCUAGACACACUACGCAAAGAACCCUGCUCACUGCAACCAGAACCUGUACCUGAAGUAAAGGAUCCAGUCUGCGAGUGUCAGAGUGAGCUGAGUGAGCCGAGUGAGCCAAGCGAGCCGUGCUUACCGAUGGAUAUCCAGGAAGAUCCUGAAGAGGAGAAACUUCUGGAAGAUAACGCUGAAGAGCCGGAUCCGACACCUGUUUCAACUCGUGUUCGAAUCAGCCAGUUAAAUUGCCCAAAGGUUUUAAGAAAUGAACUGGAAACUGAAGAGCAGGAGGUGGAGGACAACAGCAGCAGUCAUAAUGAACCAUCAAAACUGGAAUCCAAGGAACAGAUAGUAGAAAACUUUACAGAACUCAUACAGCAGCUAGCGGAAGACAAGGAUGACAGUGACAUGGCCAAGCUGCAAGAGGAGAUUUCAUGUAAACCUGUUGGUCACCUUUUGGAGGACAGUCAGGAUAUUCUGAGACACCCAGAAGAAAGUGGUGGCAGUAAUCAGAGCACAGAACCAGAACCAGUAGUGCCAGAACCAUUUAAUGGUGACGUGACAAAGGAAAGUGAUGAUACAGCAAAGGAUGGCACAGCUGAAACAGAUGACACAGUAGCACAGGACAUAAUAAAGGAGCCUCUGGAACCUCAGGUGCUGGAUACACAAGAAAUAGAAAGGGAAGUACUGGAUACUGAGUCGAAUCUAGAGCCUGGAGACACAGAUGAAAAAUCACUAACAACCCUUGUUUCAGUUAAUAUGGAUUUAGAGAAAUCCUUGGAUUCCUUUCCUGAUCAGGUCAUCAGUUCAGAUGACUUAGAGACCUCCUCCCAAGAGAACAUGGCCGUUGAAUUAGAAAACACUGUGAUGAGGCAGGAAGAAGACAUAAAAGAGGCCCUGGAAGUAAAAGACACAGAGGCAUGCAUCCCAGAGCUCUCAGGUAACGGACUGGCAAGCUAUGAGGAGACUGAUGGUGCGGAAGAGUGCUCCACCUCUGAUACAACUGAAACCAUGGACACAGGAUCACUUGAAAAGCACCCCCUCAAUGUGAUGACAGACACACUGCCCACCCUUCGGCAAGGUCCCUUGCUUGUUGUUGAACUGCAAGAUGUAGCAUUUCAGCAACUCUCAGAGGGACAGAGGGAUCAGUCGGAAGAGUCGGCAGUGGAGACAGAUCAGUCGGCGCAGAAAUCUUUGGAACGAGGCGGAGAGAGCAGUUCGGAGGAAGCGGAAGCAGAAGUACCAGUAAUAGAGAGGAGGGGCUUACGCAGGAAGGCCAGGGCAUAUAAAGGACCAGCCAAGAAGAGGAAUAAGGUUGUCUAGCUGAGCGCCACCUUUGCAUAAUUGUUGUUAUUCACAUAUUUGUAAAACUAAAUACCUGAGAUUUUUUUUAAAGUUCUAUAAAGUUGUUGGACCUAGGGCACAGGCAUUUGUAUUUGUACAAUUUUCUGGUUGAUGUUAUUUGCUGUUUUUUUUUAAUGCCACUUAAAGACCACCCCUCCCCACCACCCCGCCCAGUUUGUGGUAAUGACACAGGUACAAAAAUAUCAAAGCAGGCUUGAAGCACAAAAAUGACUUCCAAUCCACUACAAAGCAGGACUUAUGGUUCUCAUGGACACUUCCUCUCUGCAAAUUCAUUUGAAACAACAGCAUCACCUGCUGAUCAUUUUGGCUGACAAGGGACAGUCCGUAGAAAGUUUAGUUAGUGAUAAAUAUGAGGUUGCUCAUUAUUUGCUCUGCUUAGAACUGACCAGAGAAAUGUCAUGACUCUUCGCUGUUCACAAACUUAAUUUUUUGAGCACAGCAGCAUCACAGGUCUUUCCAUUUUUCACAAACUUAAUUUUCUACUGACUGUAUCCACUUGGCCAAAAUGAACAGCAGGCGGCGCUGUUGUUUCAAAUUUAAUAUAUUAACAGUGUAAAAACUGCUAAUAUCUUGAAUACUAGAACUACAUAAACUGCAAAAGUAUUCAGAAGAAGACUCUGACCAGUUUUCCAUUUAUUUAUUUGAAGCGUUUCAUUUCCUUUUAGCUACAACUCGGAGCAUCCCACCAACAACUGGGGGUGCUAGGGUCUUAAUGCAGGCAACCUUUUCAACUGGAGAAAGGAAUACAAAGGCAGAUUAAAAGUAAUGCUUUUACAAAGUAUGCUAAAUAUAAGAAGUGAUAGUAUAAAAAGUGAAUUUCUAUGAUGAGGUAAAUGCAGAUUUAUAAGGACAACCGAGACAAAAAAUUGUUUUUUUCCAUUUAUUUCUGUUUUCUGAUUCCUUUAUAGUGUACUCCCCUCUGCCCAGCAUGUAUAGUUGCAAAUACAUGACAGUAUUCAGUAUUCUCAGCAUUCAAUAAGCUAUCAACCCUGGGAGAGGUUAUAUCUUUCAUGUUAAAUGACCCACGUGAGACAAACCGUUGUUAAAUUGUGCUAUAGCAGGUACAAUAUAUUUUUUAAUUACAAUUUACUUAUUUUUAAAUUUCUACUGCUUUUCAGGGACUAAUUGGCUGUUUCACACUUAAACACAUUAGUAGCAUUUACUUCCAUUUUAAAUGUUCUCCCUUUUUCUCUUCCUGGGGAAACAACUAGGUAAGCCCCAACAGGCAGGACAGGUAUGAAUGAAUAAACUGGGAAGGCUGCCCCCCAACCUACAUUCCACUUUCUGUGCACUCCGCUUUGCUGUUGGAGAUGUACCCCCCACUGAGGUAUAUACACACUGCUAUCGGAUUGCAGUCUUCCACUGCCGCCUGGAUUUCUCCCUCUAGAUAUCGUUUACUUUUAUAUUUUUACAGAAGUGCAAAAUAAAUAUGUCACUUUGAACAUUGCUGCAUCCUUAAUGGCACCCUUGGGGGUGAAGGCAGAUUUUGGGGAAGGCACAAAUCAGCACCCAGCAGUGUUCUAUAAAUGCAGUGGCACAUGUUGUCUUCUUCUGCUUCCAUGAAUGGUCCCAUGAACAUGCCAAGAAUUUGUGAUGUUUGGGAAACUUUAACCCCCACCCCCGUCAGUGUAGAGGACUUUUAAGUGAAUUCUAUGGAGAACUGUGCAUUGCUUUAUACGUUAGUAUGUUUCAACUUUUGUUACAAACAUGUUUAGCAGGUUGGUUUGUAAAAUAAACAUGAGCUUUAUUACUUAUCUGAUGAGGAAUUAUGGUGCCAGUGCUGAAGGAAAGGCUAUGUUUAUCAUACGCCGCCGAAACACCCAAGGAAGCCUACAAGUGAGAAGCUAUAAUAUAUAUGUAUAUAUUAACAUUUACAUAAUGAUUAUAUAUACAUGACCUACAACAGCUGUAAAGCAAAUCUCCUUCCUUUCUGAUACAUAAAAAGUUCUACUGCUUUUAUAAUAACUGUAUUUUGUCUCAUGGAAUAAGCAGACAUGUUUAUUAAAAUGACUUUUCUGAAGAAGGUACAUAAAGCCAUCUCCUUUUCA